CUGCGGCUUCGCCUCAGGCGGCGUCGGCGGCGCGCAAGGCUCGUCCCGGCGGAGCAGGUCGGGGAGAAAGGCCGAGGCCGGAGAGCGCGGUUCAUUCUGCGGGUCCUGUCUGGAUUGCGACCGGGAGAGACGCUCAAAGUGAGGCUCUGAAGGAGCGGUCGUCAAGAAGAGGCCACUGGGACCCCAGAGACGGAGGAGGUUGUACCGAAGAGGAUUUUUGCUGUCCAGCGCUGGGGCUAGCUUAACACCCUCUCUCCUUCACCUCCCAGUCAGCGCUCACCGGCCACUGACCCCGGCAGAGAGGGUGAGGUGGCCCCGAGAAAACCACGCCGGAUCCCUCCGGAAUGGGGCAGAGCUCGUGAAUUCCACCUCAGCCCCCUCCACCCUUCCAGGCUGGAGAAGCAGCCAUUCGCUGUAUUGUGAGGUGGGAACCGACGAAACCCAAGACCAUGGCAGAGUCAGGGGUGAAAAAACUAUCGACGGUGCUGCUGGAUGCUUCCGUGGACAAGGACCCCCUGGUGCAGGAGCAGAUCUUCCAGGCUUUGUGCUACCUGGGCGAGUCGGAGGUGGAAGAGACCCUUCACGCUUGUGACGAGUACCUGAGGAAACACGAGAAGCUGCCUUACCCGUCACGAAUCAUCAUCCUGAAAGCCAUGGAGUCGGUGGUGAAGAACAACCUUGACGAUCUGGACAAGGACACGGCCAAGAUGGUUAUCCUCCUGGCAUCGUUGGAGAUGACGAGGUCUAAGGAGGUGAUCUUCGACUGGCAACAGGCGGCAAGUAGCGUCCUCGUCGCGGUGGGGAAGCGAUUCAUCAACCAAGUCAUGGAGGAGGUCCUGACCAAAUUCCAGCCCGGGGUCCUGCCUCACUACUUCAUCAUGCAGACGUUCGCAAACCUCUCCGUGUCUAAUGUGUUUGGCAUGGUGCCCUUCUUAAAUUCCAUCCUGGGCACCAUGGUACCCAUGCUGGGCAUGGCCAAGCAGGACCAGAUGAAGUGUGGGUUCUGUUAUGCCCUGCAGCAUUUCGGCGAGAGCAUCCUGGAGUACCUGGCUAACCUGGACAAAGCCCCGGACCCCACCGUCAGGAAGGACACCUUCUCCUGCGACCUCUUCCACGCUUACGACGUGCUGUUCCACUUCUGGCUGCCGAGCCGAGAGGCCAAGCUCCGGCUAGCUGUGGUGGAGGCCCUCGGGCCCAUGAGUCAGUUGCUGCCGUGCGAGAAAUUGGAAGAGCAGCUUCCCCGGCUGAUCCCAGGCAUCCUCGCUCUCUACAAGAAGCACGCUGAGGCCUUCUACCUGUCUAAGAGUCUGGGCCAGAUCCUCGAAGCUUCUGUGGACUCUGGGAGCCGCACGCUGGAAGUGCAGCUGGAUGCACUGCUGAGCGCGUUGCACGUCCAGAUAUGUGCCCCGGUGGAUUCGUCCAACCCCCUGGUUGUCAAGAAUCACAAUGAGGUCCUGCGCUGCUUCACGGUCCUGGCCUGCUCCUUCCCAGACCGCCUUUUGGCCUUCCUGCUCCCUAAACUGGAGAACAACAAUGAGCGAAUCCGGGUGGGAACGCUACUUGUCAUGAGGCAAGUCAUCAAUUCUGCCUCUACUCAGAUGGAGAUCAAAAAGCCCUUUAUCCUGUCUUCCAUGAGGCUGCCCCUGAUGGACACCAACAACAAGGUGAAGCGAGCUGUGGUGCAGGUGAUCAGCGCGAUGGCCCACCAUGGCUACCUGGAGCAGCCCGGCGGGACAGUCAUGUUGGAGUACAUCGUGCGACAGUGUGCCCUCGCCCCGGAUCCCUCGCCCAAGAAGCAAUCUCCUGACACCGAAGACCUGACCAGCGACAGCGUGCGCAUCAUCAGCAUCAACACCCUCUAUCUCAUCAGCACCACCGUGGACAGGAUGAAUGAGGUGCUGUGGCCCUUCCUCCUGGAGUUCCUGACCCCCAUACAGUUCACCAAUGCACUGACCCCCCUCUGCAAGAGCCUCGUGCACCUGGCCGCGAAGAGGCAGGAGGAAGGAGAGAACGCAUUCCUGCUCCAGUAUGACUCCCACGUGAACUUGCCCUCUCCAUUCGCCCUGAAGACAAGGCUCCUGAUCGUGUCCUCCCACCCUUUCCUGGGGGAGGGCCGCGGGGUAGCCAGUCUGCGGCUCCUGGGCGCUCUCCACCUGAACAUCCACCCCGCCGUGGGGCCUCGUUGGAAGAAGACCAUACCCGCCUUGGUGGAUUUCCUGGAAGAGAACACCGAGGACUCCCUGUCUCAAAAGGAGUGGGAGGAGAGGCUGCUGAUGUUUCUUCGGGACACCCUCACCGUGGUGGCCGAGAGCACUUGGAUUUCCCAACUCAGCCUGGAGAUGUGUCAGCAGCUGAACUGCUACAAUGGAUCUCCCCUCGAGAAGAAUUUCUUGUAUAAAUGCAUCGGGACCACUCUGGGGGUGUGUUCCAACAAAGAUAUGGUGAGGAAGCAGCUGCAGGAGCUGCUGGAAACGGCCAGAUACCAGGAGGAAAGCGAGCGGGAGGGACUCGCAUGCAGCUUUGGAAUCUGUGCAGUCACCCACCUAGACGACACUUUGGCCAAGCUGGAAGACUUUGUCAAGUCGGAUGUGUUCAAGAAGACCAUAGGAAGGUUCACCCUUUUUAAGGAUCGCAACGAUACCGAGGUGGAGAAAGUGAAGAGUACCUUGAUCCUGUGCUACGGCCACGUGGCCGUGCAGGCCCCACCGGAGCUGGUGCUGUCCAGAAUCGAGGCCGACAUCCUCCGAAAUGUCUUCCAGUAUUUUAACACGAAGGUUCUGGGGAUAAAGGUAGAAACCAAGGAUCUGACGCUGAAGCUGUGCCUCAUCCGGAGCCUGUGUAUGAUCAGCCAGGCCAUCUGCAACAGCGUGCAGGCCACCUCCUUCGUCUUCACCCGCAAAGCGGAGCUGGUGGCUCAGAUGGUGGAGUUUAUCAAAGCAGAACCCCUGGACUCAUUGAGGACCCCGAUUCGCAAGAGAGCGAUGAUCACCUGCUCGUACCUGGUACCCCUGGAGCCCCCGCUGGGAGAGCCGGAGAGAACCGAGCUGAUUCAAGCCUGUCUCCACAGCGUGCUGGUCCUGCCCGCCCCGGCCGGCCUGGUGGAGGACAGCGGGCAGGAGCUCCUGUACUUCGACACCGUCAGCGCCCUCAAGGACUUGUUGACGAGCCUCAUAGUGCGGGACAUGACUCCCCAUGGGCUGCAGGACAUGUUUAAGCAUUUGGGCCCAUGGGUGAAAUCCGUUAAAGAGCACGAGCGUGAGAGGGCAGUGGGGGUGAGCGCCUGCCUGCUGCGCUACUUCCUGGAGCGUCUGCACGUCAGGUCAAUGGUGCCGUUUCACAACCUGGGGGUCCUGCUGGGGCUUGUUGCCCCCCGCUGUUCCGACUCGCUGGCCACCAUCCGCCAACCGGCCGUGGACUGCGUGUACUCCCUGCUCUGUAUCCAGCUGAGCUACGAGGGCUUCGCCCAAGAUCACAGGGACAACCUGGUGGAGACGCUGCUCCCUCUGAAAGAUGGCCUGGUCAACCCGGACUAUUCGGUCCUCUUCCGUACCUGCUUCAGUAUCGCCACGGUUAUCGGGAAGCGGCUUCCCCCCGACCAGCUCGUCAGCCUGCUGUUCGUCAUGUUCGAGGCGCUGGGAGAUGUGGACAAGAACUGCUCCCGGGCGGCCACCGUGAUGAUCAACUGCCUGCUGAAGGAGCGGGGCUCGGGGCUCCUGGAGAAGGUGCCUGAGAUGGUGGGGCUGGUGCACAGUAAGCUGCAGGAGGUCUCCGAGGAGCACGUGCAGAAGGCCGCCCAGCAGACCGUCUACAUCCUGGCUUCCCAGCACAAGGCCGCCGUGGUGGGCAGCCUCCUGGCCAGCGCCCUCCCGUUCGACAGACAUGUGUGCGCCAUGUGGAGGGCCCUGGCGUUGGAGCCCAGCCUGACCAGCCAGAUCCUGGAGCUGCUCCUGGAGAAGAUGAACAAAGACGUCCCUUUCAAAGAGAACAAACCUUCCCUCCUGAGCAGCAGUUACGACCGGAUCGCCACCGUCCUCCCGCUGGCCGCCACAUGUGCUCUGUAUGAGAUCAUGUCUGCUCCGGAGUCUGGGGCAGCGGUGCUGGGGCUUUACCCGGAGCUGUUUGUGACUCUCCUGCUGCGGGUCAGCUGCACGGUGGGCGUCCAGCUCCCCAGGGGCCUCCAGUCCAGGGAGAAGAAGAGCAGCCACUGCAGCCCAGGGCCCAGGACCCUUGACCCCUGCAGCGGCGCCGUGGAGACCCUGCAGGCCAUGCUACUCCGCGGGGGUGGCGAAGAGGUGGUCAAGGCCGUGGGGCUGGCCGGAGGCUGGGAGCUGAUGACCACCUUGGAUGGGCACCCCGAGGGCACAGCGCAGCUCGCCAGGGCCAUGGCCAAGCACGCCGGCCCCCGCCUGCCCAUGGUGGUGAAGACCCUGGCCCCGAUCCUGAACAGCGUGUUUGAGAUCCAGCGGGUCACGGCCACCGCCUUCUUCGCCGAGCUGCUCGGCAGCAACGUGGUCAACGACCUGCCCCUGCUGGAGCCCCUGCUGGACCACAUGACCGGGCGGCAGCGGGACCCGUGCGCCUGCGUGCGCAGGCUGGCCCUGAGGGGCCUGGCCAACAUCGCCACCAGCGCCCCGGACAAGGUGCGGAGACACGGACCGCAGCUCCUCACGUCCAUGAUCAACGGGCUGGACGACAAGGACGACCCCCACAACGCGGUGGCCCUGGAGGCCGUGGCCGGCCUGUCCCUCCUCCUGGCCCACGUGGAGGAGCAGGACGCCCGCUCCCUCCUGCUGCACAUGGCCAUCCGCAUCCGCCCCUUCUUCGACAGCGAGGAGGCCGACUUCCGCAAGUCGUCGGUCGAGCUGUUCGGAAACCUGAACAAGUUCUGCCACGGGAACUGCGAGGACGUGUUCCAGGAGCAGAUCGUGAGCGGGCUGGUCGCCCUCCUCCUCCACCUGCAGGACCCCAAGCCCGCGGUCGUCGACGCCUGCAGGUUUGCCCUGCGCAUGUGCGGCCCCAACAUGGCCUGCCAGGAGCUGGACGCCACCUUCCAGAUGCUCCGGCCCGAGGCUCACCGCCUGCACUACGGCGAGUUCCUCAACGACGUCUGCAAGCACUUGAUGCAGAGCUUCCCCGACCUGCUGAGCCGCUUCGUGGCCACCAACCUCUUCUACUUCAAGAGCUGCUGGGAGGCCAUCCGGGCCGCCGCCGCCAUGUUCGUCGGAUUCCUGGUCCUGCACGGGGAGAGGGAACACUGUUGGCAGCUGGACCUGGAUCACCUCAUCUCCGCCCUCCAGGUACUGCUGAAGGACCCGGUCCCCACCGUCCGCAUCAAGGCGGCCGAGGCCUUGGGCCGCCUGGUCAAGUUUGCCUGAGGGGUCCCGGCCCGCGGCCCUCCACCUCGCCUAGUAGCGAUACGGAGCCCUCCCUGCAGGCUGAGCCACCCGGGGGGCCAGCGUGUACGCGGGGAGCUGGGCUCCCCGAGCCUCUGGCCCCCCUGUAUCCACAAGGACCAAUGACUGAGACCAAAUCCCUCCUGGCCGGGCCCGGCCCGGGGGGCUUUACAGCGCUCAGACCGCAUGGCGCUGCCCUCCCCUUCUUUCUAAAUAAAAGCUGUUCGCUCUGC